UACUCAAUCAUUAAAAAAAAUUUAUAGCGCGUAUACAAGCAAAUGGUAAGAUAACGUAUUCUGGAUAGUCUUGACACAAUAACGUGUUGUAGCCGGUGAUUUCAAGGCUCUUAAAAGAGCCAAGACACGCAAAUUUUUAGUGUUCACAUGUUCGCAACGAUCCAAAUUUAGUCAGCCCUAAUAUGAAUAACGGACACUGGGUGGCGAUUCAAAUUUAGUCAGCCCUAAUCUCACUACCAGUAUUAAUGAAGAAGGAUUUCUCGCGGCGAUCUAACUUUAAUCAGCCCUAAUAUGGAUAGCGAACACUGGGUGGUGAUCCAAAUUUAGUCAGCCCUAAUCUCACUAUCAGUAUAAAUGAACUAUGAUUCUAGCAGCGAUCCAAAUUUAAUCAAUCCUAAUAUGGAUAGCAGACACUGAGUGGCGAUCCAAGUUUAGUCAGACCUAAUAUGGAUAUCGGACGCUAGGCGGAAAAUUAAACCUUAUAUAAACAAUUGGUUAUAGAAAGUUUUAAAAGGAACAUGAGAGUUGACAAGUGAGAAAACAGAACAAAAGCAGAUAGAUGAAGUGCUGACUUUGACAACUACUAAAUCUCUUCAUUUAAUAUUCUUAUGAAUUUUAUAACAACUUCAUGGUAGGCAACUUUUUAGUUUGACAUUCUUUGAUUCCUUAAGACUUUUUCAAGUAAAUAGAUUUGAUUAUGAAGUUUAUAUAUAUGAAGUUCCACACUCACUAGCAAAAACCCCACAAAAACACAAAACAAAGUCUUUUUACAACUUCAAAAAAAAAAUGGAAGGACAAACAGGACAACAAGAGGAGUUAUUUGUAGAAAUUGAUCAAAAAACAGAUGAUCAAACAUAUAGCGAUGGUGAAGCAGCAUCAUGUACAACAGAUGGUAACGAAAUAGUUAAUGUUAUUGUCACGUCUGAUCCGAUCUUGCAAGGAGAAUCUAUGCCAAGAAGGUAUACAUACUCGUGGAGAAGGCGAAUACAGAAAGUUUUACCUCUAUUGAAGACGGAUGAAUACAACAGACACGAGUAUGAUCCGAAAGUAGUUUCAUUAGGACCUUACCAUCAUGGUAAGACAGAGCUACAGCUAGCAGAGGAUUUCAAGCAUAUAGCCCUUGAAAUGUUUGUAUCGGGUAGCAGCAGAGACGUAGCUUAUUUCUAUAACAAGAUACUUGAAGUUGUUGACAAUGCAAGAAGUUGUUAUGUCGAUGGCUCCACGGACAAGUACAAUGAUCAUGAAUUUGCCUUAAUGAUGCUUCUUGAUGCUUGCUUUAUUAUCAACCAUAUCGAGCUAAGCACAACGGAUAGGUAUAACAAACUCAGAACCACGAGGCACCAUCUUGGAAUGUUGGCGUUAUCAACAACAGUUCGUGAUAUGUUUUUGCUUGAGAAUCAAAUCCCAUUUUGGAUACUGAAGCUCUUGAUUAGCUUACGAUAUGACAAAGAUGAAGGAGAUGAAUUGCUCGAGAUGUUCUUGAAUUUCACCCUUUUCGGUGAAUAUGAACAAGAAGGGGAAAUGAGUCACAACCAUGUAGAAGAGCCACUCCAUCUUCUUGAAGCAUUUAGAACAAGACUUGUUUCACAACAGAGUGAAGUACGGAGCUUUCACCGUACUUGCACACCUCAAUGGCUAAAAAGGAAGAAAAGUAUAAGCAAUGAACGCGUUAACAUGAAAAGCUACAUUCACUCUUUUCGUUCAGUAACCGAUCUUAAAGCAAAAGGUAUUCAAUUCAAGCCUAGCUGCACUCAUUCACUCAAGGACAUAAAGUUCAAAUCAAGAUACUUCUAUGGACAGCUUGUACUUCCAACUUGGUAUGUUUCUAUCUACACUAAGGCGUUCUUCUUAAACAUGAUAGCCUACGAGAUGUGUCCAAAUACAGUUACUGAUCGCGCUGUGACAUCAUACGUAUACUUCAUGAAAUCACUAAUAGAGAGUCCAAGGGAUGUCAAGGAACUACGCGAAAUGCAAAUACUAUUCAACAUGCUUGGUAGCGACGAGGAAGUGGCAAGAAUGUACAAAGAGAUCAAUACGUAUGGAGUGAACAACGCGCACAUUUUCUACAAUGUGAAAGAAAAGAUUCAAGAACACUAUAAUAACAAGGCGAAAACAUGGAUAGCAGAGCUUAUACACACUUACUUUAGGAGUCCAUGGACUGCUUUAGCAUUACUUGCAGCUACUUUCUUGCUUUGCUUGACUUUUACACAAACUUAUUUUACAAUAAAUCCCAAUCCUAGAUUAUGAGAAAAUAUUUGUAACUAUUUGAGAAAUUUUGUGGUAGAGUACUAGUUUCUUAUCUUGUUUGCUGUUACAAGAAAAUAAAGAUGCUUUUGUGAUAUAGAUAUCUCUCAUAAAAUUAUUUUUCACGUAUACUUUAUAGAUGUUGAACUUCGAUCCUUGGAUUAGUUCUUGUAUUUAUUUUUUCAUAUUUUGAACUAAAAUUAAGAGGGUUAAUUGGGCCGGGUCACUUCACCUUGAAGACCAAGAACCAAUCGGGUUCAAAAUCCACCUCGGUAAUCGGAACCAGCACUAUUUGUGAUUUGAUAGUAU